AUGGCGGCGACUUUCCAUCCGUUCGGCCGGCUUCCGUUUGAGCUCCGAGCUCGGAUAUGGACGCUAGCCGUCAGAGCGCGCAUCGUCCACGUCCGAUACCUGAGCAGCAGCAGCAGCAACGCCAGCAGCAACACCACCAUCAGCACCACUACCACCACCACGGCAAAGCAGAAUGGCCAUCACGGAAGCGGCGGUGGCGACGACGACGACGUGAUACUACUGCACGUGCUUUCGCCGACGCCGGCCCCGGCCGUGCUGCAGGCGUGCCACGAGGCACGCAACCUGGGAUUGUAUGAGCGGGCGUUUGCGGACGGGAGGGAUCCACGCUAUGUCUGGGUCAAUUUCGACGUGGACAUUAUCUCACUCGGCGAUGGCGAUUUUCACUUAUCAUACCCCUAG